ACAAGAAGUCAAUUAAACUUAAAAGCAUGUAGCGUUGGUGAUACACAAAUUAAAUACAAUGUGAAAGCUUGGAAAAUUCAUUGUCUAUGCCGUAUUCUAAGAUGCAAAAACGGAGACUAUCAACGUCAAAAAGGUUCCUUCAACUCUUUAAACUUUCGUAUUUUAUUACAAGCAUCUAAUUUCUAAACUAAAAACAUUAUUUUAUUUUCACGUCAUAAGCAAGCAUCAUGCAUAAUUUUGUAAUUCUAUCUUCAUUUUGGCCACUAGUCACUACUAAUAGCAAAAUAAUAACAAAGUUUCAUUGGUUCAAACAUCAUAUCUUCAUAUAGUUGACUCAUUAGAUUCCAAUCAACAAUUAUAUCAAAAUAAUCUAAAAACAAUUUCUCUUUAUUAAAAAUGAAAACAAAUCUUGAUUAGUAUAAAAAUAGAGAUAUGGUUCUUGUCAGUCUCACAUAAAGAUUCCUAGUCUUAUACUCUGUCUCUCUCUCUCUCUCUCUUUUUCACACUCACACACAAACUAAACCGGAAUGGCCACCGCCGACGAAUUCUCCGACGAAGAUACAUCACCGAUUGAAGAAGUCCGUUUAACGGUAACAAACACCGACGAUCCAACACUACCGGUUUGGACAUUCAGGAUGUGGUUCUUGGGUCUAAUCUCAUGUUCUCUCCUCUCUUUCCUUAACCAAUUCUUCUCGUACCGAACCGAACCGCUCGUAAUCACUCAAAUCACGGUUCAGGUGGCUACACUACCUAUCGGUCAUUUCUUGGCCAAGGUGCUUCCCAAAACCCGGUUUGGGUUACCCGGUUGUGGAUCGGCCCGGUUCUCGCUGAACCCGGGUCCGUUUAACAUGAAAGAGCAUGUUUUGAUAUCGAUAUUUGCGAAUGCGGGUAGUGCUUUCGGAUCCGGGUCGGCUUAUGCGGUUGGUAUCAUCACAAUUAUUAAAGCUUUUUAUGGCCGGAGUAUCUCUUUUAUUGCCGGCUGGCUCCUCAUCAUCACUACACAGGUAUUGGGAUAUGGCUGGGCCGGUUUACUGAGGAAAUAUGUGGUCGAACCGGCUCAUAUGUGGUGGCCUAGCACUCUGGUUCAAGUGUCACUGUUUAGGGCAUUGCAUGAGAAGGACGACCAAAGGAUGACGAGAGCAAAAUUCUUUGUGAUAGCAUUAGUCUGUAGUUUUGGAUGGUACAUAGUCCCUGGCUAUCUCUUCACAACACUCACAAGCAUCUCAUGGGUUUGUUGGGCAUUUCCAAGAUCAGUCACUGCUCAACAGAUUGGUUCUGGAAUGAGAGGUCUUGGUCUUGGAGCCUUUACACUAGACUGGACCGCGGUUGCCUCUUUCUUGUUUAGUCCACUUAUCAGCCCCUUCUUCGCCAUCGCUAAUGUUUUCAUCGGUUAUGUUCUUUUGAUCUACUUCGUCUUGCCUUUAGCCUAUUGGGGAUUUGAUUCUUAUAACGCUACGAGGUUUCCUAUAUUUUCGUCGCAUCUUUUCACAUCGGUUGGUAAUACAUAUGAUAUUCCUGCGAUCGUGAAUGAUAACUUUGAGCUCGAUUUAGCUAAGUAUGAGCAACAAGGAAGGAUUAACUUGAGCAUGUUCUUUGCUCUUACCUAUGGGCUUGGUUUCGCCACCAUUGCUUCUACGCUCACUCAUGUAGCUCUCUUCUAUGGCAAGGAAAUUUCUGAGAGGUUUCGAGUUUCAUACAAAGGCAAGGAAGAUAUACACACUAGGUUAAUGAAGAGAUAUAAAGACAUACCUUCAUGGUGGUUUUACUCAAUGUUGGCUGCGACACUACUUAUCUCUCUUGCAUUAUGUGUUUUCUUGAACGAUGAGGUUCAAAUGCCUUGGUGGGGACUUGUGUUCGCAAGCGCGAUGGCUUUCGUCUUCACACUCCCGAUAAGCAUCAUAACCGCAACAACUAACCAAACACCGGGAUUGAAUAUAAUAACAGAGUACGCAAUGGGACUCAUUUACCCGGGACGACCUAUCGCAAACGUAUGCUUCAAAGUCUAUGGAUACAUGAGUAUGGCACAAGCAGUCUCUUUCUUAAAUGACUUCAAACUUGGUCAUUACAUGAAGAUCCCACCUAGAUCCAUGUUCUUGGUUCAAUUCAUCGGUACAAUUCUUGCCGGAACAAUCAACAUAACGGUCGCAUGGUGGCAGUUAAACUCUAUCAAAAACAUAUGUCAAGAGGAACUUCUACCUCCCAACAGUCCAUGGACAUGUCCGGGUGACCGUGUUUUCUUCGAUGCAUCGGUCAUUUGGGGAUUGGUCGGACCAAAACGGAUUUUUGGUUCUCAGGGAAACUAUGCGGCCAUGAACUGGUUUUUCCUCGGAGGUGCAUUAGGACCAGUCAUAGUGUGGUCAUUGCACAAAGCGUUCCCAAAACGUUCUUGGAUUCCACUUGUAAAUCUCCCUGUUCUUCUAGGAGCAACCGCAAUGAUGCCACCUGCGACCGCGGUGAACUACAACUCGUGGAUAUUGGUGGGGACGAUAUUCAACUUGUUUGUGUUCCGGUACAGGAAAAGUUGGUGGCAGAGGUAUAACUACGUUCUCUCAGCCGCUAUGGAUGCCGGUGUAGCUUUCAUGGCGGUUUUGUUGUACUUCUCGGUGGGGAUGGAGGAAAAGAGUUUGGACUGGUGGGGAACAAGAGGUGAACAUUGUGAUCUAGCUAAAUGUCCAACCGCUAGAGGAGUAAUUGUUGAUGGUUGUCCGGUUAAAUAAUCUUAAAGGAUCCAUUGGUGUGUUUCAACAAUGUAUGAUACACAAAGUAACUAAUUAAGAAUUUCAAAAAAAAAUC